GUCAGAGAGCAGUUGUUUGGUGUUAACGCAAACGAAUCGACGGACGAGUGGACGAAAAUAGAUUUGUUAGUUAAGGCAUGUAAAAUGGCCAUUAACUUGUCUGUAAAGGCUCUGCUCUGUUGGCUCAAUGGCACAAAAGUGAGCGACCAACCAAUAAAUAUUUAUGAUCUACAAGAUGGAAGACUUCUGCUGAAAGUUGUUCACAAGCUGAAAAAGGAAUCCAGCCCAUACUUGUGCGAGUUAAGUGAAGAUCGGUUAAAGCUUCUUACAGACUUUAUUGAAAGAGACUGCAGGUUUAAUGCAGACAAAGGUGUUUCAUUAUCUUGGGACUGCAUAAGAAAUGGCAUCAACCUCACAAUAGAAAUCUCAAAGGUCCUCCUGCUGCUUGUUUACCAUGACAUGAUGAAUGACCGCUGCACUCUGGACCAGUUGGAACCUGAAGUGGAGCGAGAGAUUGCAAACCUAGCUGCCUGCUAUGUGAUGGAGAGUGACGGCUCUGUAUACUUCAGCAGUGGAAUUGAUGCUUAUUUGGCAAGAAGAAAUGUGCCAGUCCCACGUGAGGCAUUCAAAGCAUCAGCAACGUCGUCUACAUCCACUUUGUCAACCACUUCAGCUGUUUCUUCAUUGUCAGAUGAUGAGUCCCCUGUGUUCAGGCACACCCCGAAAGUCAAGUUUAUGGAUAUGGAAAUUGUGGCUUCUUCAUCAGUCAGUGCAUCGCCCCUCCAGGAUAUCAUGAACACCCCGAAAUUUCAGGUGAGGAAAAUGCAGAGGCAGCUGAUGAAGGAGAGAGACUACAGAGAUGGUUUGGAGCGAGAGCUUGCGAGCAAGGUUGCACUCGUUGCACGGAGAGAGACCCAUAUUAACCAGCUACAACACUGUGUAGAUAAACUGAAAGAAGAGCAGAGUGAGCGAGAACAUAUUGCCAGGGAACAAAUGAAUGAACUUGAAACCAAGAGUAACAUGACACAAAUGCGUCUUAAUGAGACGUUGAAGGAAAAUAAAGAUUUCAAGAGCACUGUCUCACUUAUGGAACGUAAAGUCGAUGAGCUGACCGAAGAGAACGGGGCGUUGUCUGCCAAGAUGAGAGCAGCUUGUUCACAGCUGGCAGUGUAUGAGGCUGAGGUUGGUAGGCUGACAGAAAAUCACACAAUCGCUCAGGAGGAUUGGACAAGCAGAAAAAGUCAUUUGGAGACUGAACUCUUUCAGGCUACAGCACAAAAAGAGCUCCUAAGUGAACAAAUUCAGAUCCUCCAGGGAAAGAUUUCCUGUUUAGAAGAUGAAAUAAGCAAUGCAACAAAGGAAGAUGUGGGAGAGAAUAUGUGGCCUGUUGUGGAGCGGAAGGUACUCGAUAAUGAAAUCCAGAAUUUGAAGAACGAGCUGGAGAGCACUUUCAGCUCCCUCAAGAAGGCUCAGGAAGAAGUACUGGUCAAAACGCAGCAGCUAGCUGACAAUCAAAGAGAAUUGAAUCAACAGAAAGAACUCCUGCAGCAGCAGAUAUUUCAAAUGGAAGAAAGAAUUCAAGCCAAAGAUGAAAAUUUGGCCAGGUUGCAAAAGGAGCUCAGUGGACAGAGAGAAGUCCUUCAGAAAGAGAUAAACGCGCUCAAGCAACAACUUGAAAAAGUUGAGCAAGAGAAAUGUGAACAGAACACCAGGCUACAACAGCUUUUUGCUACUUCUGCACAAGAAAUUGCAAAACUAAAGGAACUUAAGAAAGAGAAGGAAGACCUCUGUUAUGAGGCAGAACAAAAGGUUGGAAGUCUUGAGACGGAGUUGUGUCGUCUUAGUUGCAUCUUUGAUGACAAAAAUAAACAAAUAAACAGCCUCAAAGAAGAAAUUGCUGCUCUGACAGAGCAGACUGGAAAAACCACAGAACAAAUUAAAGCCAAUGAAGAAAUGCUUACCAAAUUGUCCAUGGAGAAGUCUACCCAAGAAGAAAUUUCUCAGAAUAAAAUCCAGGCACUGGAAGUUCAAGUGGAAGACCUUGUCUUGUCACUGAAAAUGGCUGAACAUGAAAUAGAAGCCAGACAGAGCAUACUGACUAAAACCCAGGAAGAGAAUAAAAAACACAAAGAAACGCUACAUCAAAAGAUAGUAACUUGUGAAGAUGAGGUCAAAAGGUUAACUGUUGAGUUGCAGCUAAAGAAUGAGCAGCUGGAUAUGUUAAAAAAUGACAGCUCUAGGCAGUCUAAACAGCUGCAGCAAGAGAUCAAAGAUCUAAAAAUCUACAUUGAAACACUGUCCGACUUGCUUACAAAGGCUGAGGGAAAGAUUCAGGCUCAGCAGAUUUUACUUAAGAAGCUGGAGCUGUUAGAAAAGGAGAACCAAGAGCUAAAAGUGUCUCAGAUUGAGAACGAAGGGCUCCUUCUAAAAGCUGAAGACAAAGUUCAGAUUCUCCAUAAAGAGGCUGAAGAUCUUCUCCAACAGACUGAAACAAGGGUUGGCCAUCUUCAAAUACAGUUGCAUACUCUCAAUUCUCUCUCAGCUGACAAAGACAGAGAAAUUAAUGACCUCAAAGAAGAAAUUACUACUCUGAAAGUGCUGACUGGUAAGACCAAAGAUGAAAUUAAAGUCAAGGAGGAAAAGCUUUCCAAAGUCUUACUGGAAAAAACUGAGCAAGAAGAAGUUUCUCAGACUAAAAUCCAGACUUUGACCGUUCAAGUGGAAGACCUUAUCUCAUCACUGAAGAAAGCAGAACAGGAUAUUGAGGUUAAGCGAAACCUACUGGCUAAAGUCCAAGAAGAUGAUAAACACAAGGAGAAACUCCAGCAACAGAUAUUAACCUUUGAAGAUGAGGUUAAAAGGUUAAACCUGGAUAUACAGGUGAAGAACGAACAGUUGGAUGUGUUGAAGACUGAUGGCUUCAGACAGUGUGAAGUGCUACACCAAGAGAUCAGAGACCUCAAAACUCAAAUCGAAUGCCUUAAUGAGUCUCUCAGAAAGGCAGAAGAACAGGUUCAGGCUCAGCAGAUUGUUCUUAGCAACCAGGAGCUGUUGGAAAAAGAGAUUGAAGGUCUAAAGGAUUCUCAGAGUGAGAAAGAGAAUCUCCUCCUAAAAGCUCAAGAUAAAGUUAAAAUUCUCCAGAAAGAGGCUGAAGACCACCUCCAGCAAACUGAAGCAAAAGUUGGAAGUCUUGAGGCAGAGUUGUACACGCUCAGUUCUCUCUCUGCUGACAAAGACCACCAAAUUAUUGCCCUCAAUGAAGAAAUUACUGUUCUGAAAGAACUGACUGGUAAGACCAAAGAUGAAAUUAGAGUCAAGGAGGAAAAGCUUUCCGAAGUCUUACUGGAAAAAACUGAGCAAGAAGUUGUUUUUCAGACAAAAAUCCAGACUUUGACCAUUCAAGUGGCAGACCUUAUCUCAUCACUGAAGAAAGCAGAACAGGAAAUUGAGGUUAAACAAAACCUACUGGCUAAAGUCCAAGAAGAUGAUAAAGAACACAAGGAGAAACUCCAGCAACAGAUAUUAACCUUUGAAGAUGAGGUUAAAAGGUUAAACCUGGACAUACAGGUGAAGAACGAACAGUUGGAUGUGUUGAAGACUGAUGACUCCAGACAGUGUGAAGUGCUGCAGCAAGAGAUCAGAGACCUCAAAACUCAAAUCGAAUGCCUUAAUGAGUCGCUCAGAAAGGCAGAAGAACAGGUUCUGGCUCAGCAGAUUGUUCUUGGCAACCAGGAGCUGUUGGAAAAAGAGAUUGAAGGUCUUAAGGAGUCCCAGAGUGAGAAGGACAGUCUCCUCCUAAAGGCUCAAGAUGAAGUUAAAAUUCUCCAGAAAGAGGCUGAAGACCACCUCCAGCAAACUGAAGCAAAAGUUGGAAGUCUUGAGGCAGAGUUGUACACGCUCAGUUCUCUCUCGGCUGACAAAGACCACCAAAUUAAUGACCUCAAAGAAGAAAUUACUGCUCUGAAAGAACUGACUGGUAAGACCAAAGAUGAAAUUAAAGUCAAGGAGGAAAAGCUUUCCAACGUCUUACUGGAAAAAGCUGAGCAAAAAGAAAUUUCUCAGACUAAAAUCCAGACUUUGACCGUUCAAGUGGAAGACCUUAUCUCAUCACUUAAGAAAGCAGAACAGGAUAUUGAGGUUAAGCAAAAUCUACUGGUUAAAGUCCAAGAAGAUGAUAAAGAACACAAGGAGAAACUCCAGCAACAGAUGUUAACCUUUGAAGAUGAGGUUAAAAGGUUAAACCUGGACAUAGAGGUGAAGAACAAACAGUUGGAUGUGAUGAAGACUGAUGGCUCCAGACAGUGUGAAGUGCUGCAGCAAGAGAUCAGAGACCUCAAAACUCAAAUCGAAUGCCUUAAUGAGUCUCUCAGAAAGGCAGAACAACAGGUUCAGGCUCAGCAGAUUGUUCUUAAAAACCAGGAGCUGUUGGAAAAAGAGAUUCAAGGUCUAAAGGAGUCUCGGAGUCCGAAAGAAAGUAUCUUGGUAAAGACUGAAGAGAAAGUUCAGAUUCUCCAGAGUGAGUUGUCUGCUCUCAACAGCCUUAUGGUGGAUAAAGACCAUCAGCUUAUCAUCCUCAGAGAUGAAGUCACAGUACAAAGUACUUUAGUUGACACAGCAAAAGAGGCUGAAGCCAAUGAGAGACAAUUGACCAAGAUAAAGGAUGACCAUUCCAAAGAAGUGGAAACUCUUCAACAAGAAGUCCAGCAUUUGCAAAAGCAAGUGGAAAGUAUCUCUGCAAAGUUAAUGGCUGAAGAAAAACACUUACUUACAACUCAGCAGACACUGACUCAGCAAAUAGACCAAAGACAACAGCAGUUAAUCUCUGCACAGGAAUUGCAACUUGCCACCCAGAAAGAAAAGCAAGCUCUGCUUCAGGAAAAGGAGAUAUUCUUGGCCCGGUUACUUCAGGUAGAACAGGAUCAGAAAGCUUUGGAGAAACGGCUUCAGGCAGCUGCUUCAGAAAAUGACAAACUUAUUCAUGACAAACAGGAAGUAGAGAGAGACAACAAAAUCUCUCAUAAGCUGCAGUCUGCACUGCAGCAGGAGCUUGCAUUGCUUAAAAUGGAAAAAGAGAAAUUCCUGGAAGAGAGAGGACAAGCAAAAGAAGUACAGAAGAAAAAGAGAGAAAUUGAGGAACAGCUCUCAGCUCAAACACAGGCAGCAGAACACUACAAGACACAGAUGGAAAAGGCAGUAAAUCAUUACAACACCAAGAAGGAACUCCUCCAGGAAAGUCUAAAUAAAGUUGCUGAUCUCAAACAUUCCUUAGAAGCUAAAGAGCAAGAAAUAAAGGCUGCUGGAAUGGAAAUCCAGCUGCUUAAACUGGAUUUGGACAAAGUCAGAAGCAAUGAGAAGACCCUUGUCAACAAAGUGACCAGUUUGGAAGCACAUCUGGCCUUUGCUGACCAUAACCUACGUGCACAGAACAAGAUUCAAGGUAAUGAAGGAUGUGCACAGGACCCCUUUUUUAUAGGGGUUCCCAACAUUGAUUUGAGUGCACAAGUCAAGAGAAAUGUCAGUACUGACAGCCUGGAGCAAAACAGUCUGGAUGACUCAUUAAACACUACAAGGAAGCUGUCUGCAGCCGAAUCGAGCACACCUCUGGUCCGUAGUUCAGAACGCUUAGCAGCCAAACGGUGUGGUUUCCGGGCAGAGUCACUUGAAACUCUGUACUUCACUCCAAUAAACACCAGACAUAGCAAUAGGAACACUACACACCACAGAGUGGAAUUGGAUACAGCUCUGAAAAAUCCAUCUUCAUCUAUUAAAAGACGCAGGACCACACAGGUUAUAAACAUCACAAUGAUCAAGAAGACCCCUGGCUUUGGUGAAGAUGAAAGUUUUCACAGUGUGAACUCUGCUCGCUCCCAGCCGAACCUCUCCAGCACCCAAACUGCACAGCCUCUGAAAAUGGAGCUAUUUGAAACACCUGGUAAACUGAGUGGUUCUGCUAGUGACCAGCUCCUCGGUCUUCCAGGAUACAGACGUAGCACAAUCCAUUCACAUACCACUAGCACUUUCUGUGUGCAUGGAGAGAAUGAGCCAGACGGUUCAGCUGAUGAUUGGAAGAGGAUUGCUGAGAUUCAGGCUAGAAAUAAGACAUGUCUUCCCCAUCUGAAGAGUAGUUACCCUGUGGAGUCUGGGACUGGACUCGGGUCUACGUUUGUUUUCACUGAUGAAGAUCUCCGUAUGGGUGACCCCUCUGAGACAAUUCGCAGGGCAUCCAUGAUGCCUGGCCAGCUUCAAGACUCUCUCGCUUCCCACAGUCUGUCCCUCACUGUGGGACAGACAGGUUCCAGGAGCACAGCUGUUUCCAACCGUUUGUCCUUGAUGCCAGGGCAGUUCCCAUUAAACACUGGCAGCACCAGUCAUCCAAUGGUCUCAAAAGGCACCAAACGGUCUUCAUCUGCAUUGUCCUUGCCACAAAACUCUCCUGAGAAAAAAGUUAAGCCCAGCUGCUUCCCCCGUCCACUUACUCCCAAAAACAAGAAUGUGGGCACUGGACCAUUUGGUUCUCAGUUUCACCACAUCACCAGUCCGGCUGAGAGGAGACAGUCUGUGAUGUUCACAGUCGACAACACACCAAAGAGCAACAACUACCUGAAAAAAGGGCUUCACAAAUUACGCAGCUCCACACGAAAGUCCCCAGGCAAUAGUUCACGGAAAUCACCUGCUCAGGCGAUGAAUCGUAAAGGAAAUGUCACCUCUGGCUCCUCUUGGACCGGCACAGUGCGAUCACACAGAGCCUCUACGUCUGCCUCUGUCAUCAAGCAAUCUCAGGUGGCAACUCGAGCACAGAGGAAAUCUCCGAAAGUCACCAGCAAGACUGCAAAGUCACCGGGACUGACAGCCAGCGCUCGCAAGAUGAUCAGUAGGAUGAAAAUAUGAAGACUGGAUCUUCAGCUCAAUAUCAGCAUUUUUACAUGGCAUCAUACGCUUUAUUUUUUUUAAUUGAUCAUCCUUGUUAAUUUUGUGCAUAAAAACAUUUAAGAUCUUUUUGUAUGAUUUAUGUUAGUCAUCGUUUUCAAAACAAUAAAGUUACACUUAACUUU